CGUUGAUUGUAAACAUGAAGGGUUUGUUGUGCAAAGCUUAGCCGCAUAAUAUCAAACUUACUGUAAAUCAGAAAUAGAAAGUGCCAAAUCAUUCCGCUUUUGACGAAAUCGUGUUGUAUCAUGAUAGAGGUUUGAAGGCAAAAUGGGCGAGUUUUUGGGCCUUAUUUUAACCAUUAUUUGCUGUACAGUUUCAUUGGAAGCUAAAAAAUCGUGGCAUAAUGAACGGAGAUCACACGUGCUUCGACAUUCGCCAAAGGGAUCAGGGACAACUGCAAACGAACAAAAGGCUACAAACCCACAGUUAGGGACUGCAAAGGAAUUCCCAGGCAGUUACACGUCGUAUGCAACACCGCAAAAUCCCCAUGCUUAUCAAAAGUAUCCUCCCUUCCAAGCGCAAGUUUCGCAGCAAAGUUCGUCUGCCGUAAAGGGAGAUCUGCCUCGGGAGAAGUCCAAAGGUGCUGCAAAGAAGAUUGCAAAAACUAUGAACUUAACGAUGCUAGAAGAAAGAUUAAGAGAAGUUGAUGGGGGCAAAAUCGUACAUCAUAAUUACGAGCAGCUGACUUGGUUUUUGAAAUAUUUCGCGGAGCAGUACACAGAGAUAACGAGAUUGUAUUCAAUAGGAUCCACAGUGCAAAACAGACAGUUAUGGGUUAUGGAAAUAACUGACAACCCAGGCGUUCAUGAGCCUGGUGAACCAGAGGUAAAGUACAUUGGAAACAUUCACGGUAAUGAGGUUAUUGGUCGCGAGAUACUAUUGCAGUUCGUCAAGUAUCUUUGCGAGGGGUACCGAAAAUCAGAUAAGAUCACUGCAUUGGUGAAUUCGACAAGAAUACACAUCUUGCCUAGUAUGAAUCCAGAUGGGUACGAAAUGGCUUCAGUAAGGUCACAUGAUCUUGGAAGGCUCAAUUCCAAUGGUGUUGACUUGAACAGGAAUUUCCCUGAUCAGUUUUUUAAUUCAUUCAGCUCCAAUGCUGACCCAGAAUUAGAAACGAAAGCUGUUAUAAACUGGCUAAAAAAAUACCCCUUUGUGUUGUCAGCAAGCUUCCAUAGUGGGGCACUCGUUGUGUCCUACCCUUACGACGAUUCACCAUCGGGGCAAAGUAUUUACAGCUCGACCCCAGACGACGAUGUAUUCAGGCAACUUGCGAAGGCGUAUUCUGAGAACCAUCCCACAAUGCAUUUAGCCAAUUCAAAAGAAAACUGCAGUCACCCUAUGAAGCGUUUCAUUGACGGAAUCACUAACGGGGCAGCAUGGGCCAGUAUUUCUGGUGGUAUGCAGGAUUACAAUUAUGUUGUACAUAAUUGCAUGGAAGUAACUGUUGAGCUUGGCUGUCAUAAAUUUCCAAGUAUAUCUUGGCUGGCGCAUUCAUGGGAACAGAACAGGAAAGCUCUUGUUUCCUACAUCUCUAUGGCACACCGAGGAAUAAAAGGAUUUGUGAAGGAUCAAGAUGGAAAGCCUAUCAAAGGUGCGACCAUAAGUAUAGGGGAUCGAAGGCAUGACGUUAUCAGUGCUAAAGAUGGCGACUUUUGGAGACUGCUUGUACCAGGCACAUAUGACGUCACAGUACGAGCAAAGGGCAUGAAGCCAUCUACCAAGUCAGUUGAGGUUGCACCAGGGAUUGUCACCACUGCUAAUUUUACACUCCAACCGAAGCAAAUUGAUGGACUGGAGGAGACUCUUGGACAUGUUAACCGAGCCACUUUAUUCACACACGAUCUGAUAUAUCGCUAUGAUGGACGAGACUCCGGCGAUACUGGACCAAAAGACCAAAUCCAAAAGGUUGAACAGAAUCAGAAAGGGCGUGAAGGAAUAACCGAGGAGCAGGAUACUCUUGCUCAGCGAGAAAACGAAAAUUUCGAGCCGGAGAUAUCAGGAAGUGGUUUGGAGGAGAGUGCUCAGGCGCAAAAAUUAGCUGAGAACCUUGCAAUAAACAACAUCCCGUUGAUCCGUGCACCCUCAGAAGGGACUGUUGUAAAGAGGAAGGUUUUUGGGCGACAAGAGGACCGCCAUUAUUUUGGAAAUGGGGAGGCGUUCAAACGUAGCAAAAUAAACAAGCCUACGUCCACUUCCGCAACAAACAAAGGUUCCACAAUAAGUGGCAUAGACAGCAAGAAAUCAUCUGGAACGGGCUUAGAGAGUGCGACGAAGCCAACAACAAAAGCCACUGAAAAUCCAUCAAAUGGCACGGAUAGCUCCGCAGUGAAAGGCUCAAAUUUGGACAGCGAAGCAUUGAAACAGGUAGAGGAAAAACUCCACGUCAAGCCGAAUAUAGGGAUGCAUUUGAAAUGCUCUGUCCCGGGCAAAUCUGAUCCCAUCCGUGGGGUGCUUAAAUGGUUUGGUCACAUCACAAAUCUUCCUCGAAGAAGCAGCGUUGUUGUUGCUGGUGUGGAACUCGAAAAGGAAGAAGAUCUUGGCACUAACGGAACUUUCCUUGGGAAAAGGUACUUCGAGGCUGCUCCAAAACGAGGAUACUUUGUACCGAUCAAAAACUGUCAUCCAGUUUAAAACAAGAACAGCUUUUUUAGAGAAAUCGACAGAAUUCUUUGUAUAAUAGCAAAAUAACUUUUAUUUUUUGAUUUUCAAAAUAUGCACUUAAACGACGAUGAAUCGAGGUUUAUUAGAGACUGUAGAAUAGGAAAGGAAAAGAAACUUUAGUUAGCUUUGUAAUGCCCAGCCUGGGCAAUAGCUGGUUGGAUAUUGUGGAUUACAAUGUUAGACAAAAAGUUUUAUGUCUCAAUGUUUUUAAUUUCGAUGCUAUUCAAGACGAUAUAGAUUUAUGAAUACUUCAAUUGUUGUUUCUCUUAC